AUGGCCAAUCCCUACAGUGCAGCCAUGUCCUCCGGCCCCUCGAGCGACGGCGCCUUCUCCGCCCCUUCCUCGCGCCGCUCCUCCGCCUUCACGCAACACUCGCAAGGACACGGAAGGCGAGCGAGCGUCAUCCCGCCCUACAUGAUGAACGACUUCUCGCAACAGUCCGGACCUCCUCCACCCGGAGGUCACUACUCCGGGCGCGGCGCGGCGGGCAUGGGCAAUGCAGCAGGAGGGAGACAUGCGCGGCGAGGAAGUGUCAUGGACAUCGCGGCGGACAUGUUGGCCGGACAGGCGGGCGUCGAGCAGCUCGAGAAGGUGAGGAAGGUCAGCGACAGGGUCGAGGACAGGCUUGAAGGAUGGGCGCGGCCGAUUCGCCCUUGGUUGCCCGGCAUCGGCAGGUUCCUCAUCGUUGUCACUUUCCUCGAGGAUGCUUUGAGGAUCUUGACCCAGCUCAGCGACCAAAACUACUACCUCCAGAAACACCGCGGCUUCCCGUGGGGUCUCUCGCACCUUUUCUUGUGGACGAACGUCCUCGUCAUGCUCGCCUGCUCGAUCUCGAUCAUCGCCAAGCGCUACCCCGAGUACGCGACCGGCGGUCUUCUCGGCGUCGUCAUCACGCAGGGCUUCGGAUACGGCCUCAUCUUCGACCUUACCUUCUUCCUCCGCAACCUCUCCGUCAUGGGCGGCCUCCUCAUGGCGCUCUCCGACUCGCUCAGCCAAAAGAAGAGCUCGCUCGUCGGCAUUCCCAGCAUGGGCGUCAGCGACACGGACCGCAAGAAGUACUUCCAGCUCUUCGGCCGCGUCCUCCUCGUCUUCCUCUUCCUCGGCUUCGUCUUCAACGGCCAGAAAGGCAUCGCGCACGGACUCGUCAGUGUCUCGGGCCUCGUCGCGUGCUUGUUUGUCGCCGUCGGGUAUAAGGCCAGGCAGAGCGCGCUCUUCCUCGUCGUCGUCUUGACCAUGUUUAACUUCACGGUCAACGCCUGGUGGACGGUUCACUCGGCGCACCCGCAAAGGGACUUCCUUAAAUACGACUUCUUCCAGACUCUCUCGAUUGUCGGCGGCCUCCUGCUGCUCGUCAACCUCGGUGCCGGCGACUUUGCGAUCGAGCAAAAGAAGCGCAUCUGA